AUAAAAGAGGUUCUUUCCUAGUCACUAUUAUUAGUUAUCAAUUUAUCGAGUGCGAGGUAAAGAUAUAUCGUUAAAAGAUCCAUUGGACAGUUUGUUCACGAUGAAAGGAAACUUGGGUUUGAUCGCAGUAUUUGCGAUCAUCCUAGCCGCAGUAAAUUUAGAAGCAGCCCCUAAGCAGACACCACCUACAGUAUGCCCAAGUGAAGAUUCUCUCGAGGAAACGGUUUUACUAGCUCAUGAAUCAGAUUGCAGCAAAUUUUAUGUUUGCUUUUUAGGUGAAAAAAUUUUGAAAGAGUGUCCAUACAGUAAUAGUAGAGGUGAUAGACUACACUUUAAUCCUCUACUUCAGGUAUGCGUACAGCCAGAGAAUUCGAACUGCAAAUCUACAAAUGAAGGAAAUAUACCUGAAGUAUCUAUAAAGGAUGCUCACUUAAUGGAAGAAGUUCCUCCAUCAUCUAAAAAAGUUUCUUCAACGUAUACUGAGGGUGUCCCAGAUCAUUGUCCUCCAGAUGAUUAUGGAAAACUUGUACAUUUGCCUCACGAAACAAAUUGUUCCCUGUUUUACAAAUGCAACAAAGGUCAAAAAGUACUUCAGAAGUGUCCACCAGGAUUACAUUUCAAUAAAGUGAUGCAAAUAUGUGAUCUCCCAGAAAAUGCUAAAUGCGAGAACAAACUAGACAAUAAAGUAGACAAAAAUCAAGAUUUAUUAAAAAUUAAACGAUCAAUUAUUUCUCAAUCAUACGAAACAGAAAUUCUUUCAACAACUCCUGGCAGUAUACCAGAUCAUUGUCCAUUAAAUGAUACUGGUGAAGUAGUACAUUUGCCUCACGAAACAGAUUGUACGCUAUUUUAUAAAUGCAACAAAGGUGAGAAAAUAAUUAACCAGUGUCCACCAGGCUUACAUUUCAAUCCAGUUUUGCAAGUUUGCGAUCUGCCGGAACAUGCUAACUGCACCAGCAAACCGGAAAAGAAAGAAGACGAAAAUCAAGAUUUAUUAAAAAUUAAACGAUCAAUUAUUUCUCAAUCAUACGAAACAGAAAUUCUUUCAAUAACUCCUGGCAGUAUACCAGAUCAUUGUCCAUUAAAUGAUACUGGUGAAGUAGUACAUUUGCCUCACGAAACAGAUUGUACGUUAUUUUAUAAAUGCAACAAAGGUGAGAAAAUAAUCAACCAGUGUCCACCAGGCUUACAUUUCAAUCCAGUUUUGCAAGUUUGCGAUCUGCCGGAACAUGCUAACUGCACCAGCAAACCGGAAAAUAAAGAAGACGAAAAUCAAGAUUUAUUAAAAAUUAAACGAUCAAUUAUUUCUCAAUCAUACGAAACAGAAAUUCUUUCAACAACUCCUGGCAGUAUACCAGAUCAUUGUCCAUUAAAUGAUACUGGUGAAGUAGUACAUUUGCCUCACGAAACAGAUUGUACGCUAUUUUAUAAAUGCAACAAAGGUGAGAAAAUAAUUAACCAGUGUCCACCAGGCUUACAUUUCAAUCCAGUUUUGCAAGUUUGCGAUCUGCCGGAACAUGCUAACUGCACCAGCAAACCAGAAAAUAAAGAAGGCGAGAAACAAGAUUUACGAGAAACUGAAAGAACAUCUAGUGCGGCUCCUGAAUCAUCGACAAGAGUCCCAGAUUCAUCGACUCCUGGCAGUAUCCCAGAUCAUUGCCCACCAGACGAUUCCGGUAAUGUAGUACAUUUGCCUCACGAGACGAAUUGUUCGCUGUUUUACAAAUGCCACGAAGGUCAAAAAGUUGCCCUUCCAUGCCCACCUGGCUUACAUUUCAAUCCAACUUUGCAAGUUUGCGAUCUGCCGGAACGAGCGAACUGCAAAAGCAAACCAGACGAUAAAGAAGACGAUAAAGAAGACGAAAAACAAGAUUUACCAGAAACUGAAAGAACAUCUAGUGCGGCUCCUGAAUCAUCGACAAGAGUCCCAGAUUCAUCGACUCCUGGCAGUAUCCCAGAUCAUUGCCCACCAGACGAUUCCGGUAAUGUAGUACAUUUGCCUCACGAGACGAAUUGUUCGCUGUUUUACAAAUGCCACGAAGGUCAAAAAGUUGCCCUUCCAUGCCCACCUGGCUUACAUUUCAAUCCAACUUUGCAAGUUUGCGAUCUGCCGGAACGAGCGAACUGCAAAAGCAAACCAGACGAUAAAGAAGACGAUAAAGAAGACGAAAAACAAGAUUUACCAGAAACUGAAAGAACAUCUAGUGCGGCUCCUGAAUCAUCGACAAGAGUACCAGCUUCAUCGACUCCUGGCAAUAUCCCAGAUCGUUGUCCAUCACAUGAUAAUGGUCAUGUCGUACAUUUGCCUCACGAAACAGAUUGUACGUUAUUUUACAAAUGCGUUGAAGGUCAAAAAGUUGCCCUUCAAUGCCCAUCUGGCUUACAUUUCAAUCAAGUUUUGCAAGUCUGUGAUUGGCCAGAACAAGCGAACUGCAAAAGCAAACCAGGCGAUAAAGAAGACGAAAAACAAGAUUUACCAGAAACUAAAGGAACAUCUAGUGCGGCUCCUGAAUCAUCGACAGGAGUCCCAGCUUCAUCGACUCCUGGCAAUAUUCCAGAUCGUUGUCCAUCACAUGAUAAUGGUCAUGUCGUACAUUUGCCUCAUGAAACAGAUUGUACGUUAUUUUACAAAUGCGUUGAAGGUCAAAAAGUUGCCCUUCAAUGCCCACCUGGCUUACAUUUCAAUCAAGUUUUGUUAGUCUGUGAUUGGCCAGAACAUGCUGAAUGCCCAAACGGGAAGGAAGAUAAAAAUUAAAAUGUAGCUUACUAAUUACUACAUCAAGUACCGUAUGGCUUACUUUUAAUAUUCUUGAAUAUUUGAAAGUAUUACAUGUUGUCUUAAUAUUUAACGUUUGUAAUUAUCGAUCUCUGUAGCAAAAUACGAAGUACCUAUUGUAACAAAGAUAUAAAUAUAUAUAAUAUACUAAUUUGAAUUUGUAAUCAUA